CUGCCAGUAUCUUACAUGUCUUGCUAAAGUAUAUUCUCGGCAAGCCAAUCUUGUAUGCCUGGUAUGAGGUCCGUAAAGACUGAGGAAGCAACGUAUGAGAUCACCGGUAAGCGACUUCCUAAUUCUGGUCAUUUGAGCAAAUAUGCUGCUUAGCUUCACGAACAAGCGCUCGAACAAUCUUGGCCUUCUCGAAGCUUUUAACACCAUCUCGAAGAACUCUCUCAUCUUGAACCACGUUGGAGCAUGAUUAUGCCAGGUGACUCGACUGCUCAAUGCCGUCUUUGCCGCAGCGGUGCAUAAGAGGAGAUGCGAUAACCCAUCUCCUCUCUUAUCCACAAUCAUCGGACAUUCUUCAGAUGAGUGCCACGAACAACACUCGUCCACCUUCAUACCUCUCACACGAGGAACAAGCUAGCGCUCCAGCAUAUACUGAAGUCUAUACUCCUCCCACUCUACCACCUGCUUCUCCUAGACCAGCAGAUUGGCCAGACCAAUACGGCAAUCGGGCACCGGCUCUAAGGACUCUUCCACCUUCUCGGCCCCUGCAGCGACCUGAUCGUCUCGAACUCAACAACCGCUCCUCAAGACGAAGCAACAUCAGAAUCGCCUCUCCCACACCAUCCUGGCCGGCUGAAGGAAUGGCAACCAACAAUUCUGCCGACGACGACUGCAAGACUUGUAGCGUUUAUGCCCUGGUCGUGCUUCUCGCCGCAGUCUUCGCUUCCAUCGUGUCUUCUGCCGUCUUUGUCAAAAGGGAUUCAGUGGCUCUACAUCAAAACUCGAAUAUCCUCAAGGACCUUACCUCUACUGUUUUGACGUUGAGAGAAACAAAGACAUCGUGGGAUACCAAAGCUUGGAAUACAAAGACUGUCACCGAGGAAGGCACAAAGACUGUCACCGUCACUGAGACUGCCGUGGGAGUUUUUAACGCACAGUCGACUCCGGUCGUGACUGGUAUGGAUGAUUUUGAUGUGGAGAUUCAUACGAUGGUUGGAGAAAGAUUGAGAAAGAGGGAAAAGACUAUUGGGGAUGAGUAUGUGGAUGAAAACUUGUGCACCACUACCACUUUCUUCCCUUGGGGUAGAUGGCAGCAAACGCCUUCGGGUACUGUUAGAGUCUGUUGUCCGCCUACUGAGACUCCAGAGCCUGAUCUUGAGGAGAUGAUUUGGAGGAGAUAAUCUUCCGAAUUGACCGAAGACGCUGACUCUAUUCAAUAACAACUUCACAAGUAUAAAUUCGAUUCUCACCA